AUGAAGCCAUCGUUGCAGGAUUCGAUGCCUUAUUGUGUGAAGGAGAACAAACCUUGUGUGGGUUGGGUUGAGAAGUACUUCAAAGAUUGUCUAUGCAAUUUUAGAGAUGAAUUUUCCUUCGUUUUAGGUCUUGUCAGCCUCCUCUGUUGGGGACUUGCAGAAAUCCCGCAAAUCAUCACCAACUUUCGCCAAAAGUCCAGCCAUGGAAUCUCUAUCCUUUUUCUACUCACUUGGUUAAUUGGUGACAUAUUCAACAUAGUGGGCUGCCUUCUUGAACCUGCAACUUUGCCAACCCAGUUCUACACAGCUCUGCUAUACGCUACCGGUACAUUGAUAUUAGCACUUCAGAGUCUGUAUUAUGAUUAUAUAUAUACAUGGUGGAAAAGCCGACAGAUCGACGUUAGCCAACCGGUUGAAGAAGCUAAAAAACCUCUGAAAAAACCACCUAAGCCUACUGAUUCAAGCAUUCCAAUACCCAAUCGCACAGUCAGAGCAUCCCCACGAAGGGACUUUUAUUACAUGUCAGCAAGAUCAUUGGCCGGCAGUGCAACCCCGCCGAUUCGAUCUAAUCAAUGGAGUGUUAGAAGUGGUCCUCCAGCUAUGGAAAUUGACAAUGACUCCUCGUCAGAGGAUGAGACAAUGCAUCGUUCAUCACACAUUUCUUCUAGCCAACCUAAACCAAUUCCACGAUCGGCUGGUUACGGAGCAUUCCUUGCUACAUCAGUCAACAUGCCUCGCCAAACUAAUGCUUUGGCAGGAGUAUACCUUGGAUUGAGUGGGAGGAAAUUAUUACAAGAACAUGGGGCAGAGAACGGUGUGGUUGGUCAAUGGUUAGGAUGGAUGAUGGCUGCUAUAUAUAUGGGUGGUCGAAUACCUCAAAUAUACUUGAACAUCAAAAGAGGGAGUGUAGAGGGCUUGAAUCCUCUCAUGUUCAUUUUUGCUGUCAUUGCCAAUCUCACUUAUGUGGGAAGCAUUGUUGUAAGAACAACCGAAUGGGAUAAAAUUAAAGCCACCUUGCCUUGGUUGCUGGAUGCUGUUGCCUGCGUGGCCAUGAGAUGGGCUGUUUAUGGGUAUUAA